AUGAUCCUUAUUUUUGUGUUGAUAUUAAUUAUAGCAUCAACAGAAUAAAUAUCAUUUGAGGUUUUAAAUAAUACAAAUGUUAUUGGUGGUAAAUAUUAUCAAUAGAAAAGAUAUAUAUUAUAAUGGCUAAAGAAAGGAAUUUAAAUGUAAUGGUGUUUCAAACAUAUAUGGUUAAAUUGGAAAUGAUUCCUAUGCUAUCCAAUAGUUUUAAAUGCCUUAACAUACAAUGUUAAGAUUGGAAGUGAUUUUAUAUGGGUAAAAUAAAGUUUUGAAUAGAAAUUAGAGUAGAUUUAAAUAAUCAGAUUGAUUUAUAUGUAGAUCACGAUUUGGCUUGGUCUAGCAAAACAUCACCCAUGGUUUCGACUUAAUGUGGGUUGAGUGAUAUGAAAAUGAUUUAGUUAAAAUUAGAUUUAUCGCAUAGUGGAAGUUCAGGUAUAGUGAUUUUUAUAGCAAAUACAUAAGAAAUUGUAAUAUAGUAGAAUAUUCAUAUAAGUGGGGAUUUAGUGAUCUCAAAUUAUCAGUGUAGUAAUGUCCAAAAGGUUGUGUAACAUGUGAAAAUGAAGAUACAUAAGAAUAAUGUUCAUUAUGGGAAUUUGGAUUGAAUAAUUGGAUAUAAUUUUAAAGUGUUUCUUUUGAAGGUUGGUCUAUCUUUUAUGGAAAGGAUAAAACAUCAAUUUGUGGAAGUAAUUGAGAUUAUAUGAUUUUAGAUAUUGCUUUGGUUGGAGGUUACAAUAAUUUUGGAAUGAAUACAAUAUUGUAUAAUAUGAUAGCAAUGAAACCACAUUACAAAGUAAGAAUAUAAGUUUUAUGGGCUAAAAUUGAUUCAUGGGAUAAUGAAUAAGGAUAGAUGAUGGUAGAUGGAAUCAUAGUAUGGAGGAAAAAUUAUACAAAUUCAAAUGGAUAUGGAAGUAAAAUUUGUGGAAAUUCAAAUUAAAAUUAUAAAACAGUUUUUUAAAGAAUUGAUACAAUAAUUGAUCAUACUGGCAAUAAUAUGCUUAUAAAUUUUACAUCAACACUUGAUUAAGCUUCAGAUGAUGAAUCUUUUGGAUUAAGAGAUCUAUUUAUAUAUUAUUUGCCAUGUGCUGAUAGAUGUAAAGAGUGUCAUGGUCCAACUAUUUCAGAUUGUACAAGUAAUAAUUAAAACUCAUAUAUAUUUUAUAGAAUGUUCUGAUAAUUUAUUUUAUGAUUCUGGUUAAUGUUUAAAUAUUUCAAAUUUUGAGAUUCUAUAGUAAAAUUUUAAUACUAUUAAAUUUGAUGAUUUAAGUGGUUGGGAAGUGUAUUAAAAUCAAAAUUCACCUGUGAUAACUACUUGUAUGGGAACAAAUCUUAUUGGAGGUUUUGGAGUGAUUGGCAGUGGUGGAUAUAUAACAAAAACUUUUAUAGUUCCACCUCAUACAAGAUUAAGAUUAUAGGUUUUGAUUUAUAAAAUUGAUUCUUGGGAUAAUGAAAAACUUAUAGUUGAAGUAGAUGAUGCAUAAGUUUGGACACAUGUUUGGUCUGUAGACACAGAUUCUAAUUAUUGUGGUUAAUUGUGGACUGAUUCAAAAGUUUAUAUUGAUUUGAUCUUUGAACAUACUAAUGAAGAAGCUAGAAUUAAAUUUAGUUCUACUUUGAAUCAAGACUCUAUUGAUGGUAAAAAUUAUUAGAUAUUUUAGAAUCUUGGGGGUUUAGAGAGUUUACUUUGAUGUAUGAAUCAUCUGUUUAAAUAAUAGAAUUAAUGACAACAACAAUAAUACCUGUUGUCUAUGUUUUAUUAAUAAUUUUAAUCUAUUUGUGA